AUGAAUUCAAAUUUUCUUGUACUCUAUGGAAAUCCUACGCCCAGUGAUUUACGAUUUAUCCAUAGUGAUCCUUCCAAAAGUCACUCUUCGACUCUUUCUCUUUCUUCCACUAGAUCGGACGCGCAAAGCGCUCCAUCUGGCUUGGACCAAUUCUUUCCUGAAAUUUGUGAUGAAUACAGCAGGUAUGUGCAUGAAGCCGGGAGGGUAUUACCCCCGGAAUGGACCAUGCCUGACCUUGUUCGGACAGUGCUUGGGGAUGAAGCUCUUCAGCAGGGCUUUCUGACGGAUGCCUACUAUGAUGUGAUGUUAUGUGGCACUCAUAGUUGGGGAUGCGAGGAGCUCCUGAAUUUGCUGGAUCUAAUCAACUAUUCUUGA